CCAUGGCUCGUACGAAGCAGACCGCUAGGAAAUCCACCGGAGGAAAAGCUCCGAGGAAGCAACUCGCCACAAAGGCUGCGAGGAAAUCUGCGCCGACUACCGGAGGAGUCAAGAAGCCUCACCGUUACCGUCCCGGAACCGUCGCUCUCCGUGAGAUUCGUAAGUAUCAGAAGAGCACUGAGUUGUUGAUCCGUAAGCUUCCUUUCCAGCGUCUUGUUCGUGAAAUCGCCCAGGAUUUCAAGACGGAUUUGAGAUUCCAGAGCCACGCAGUGUUGGCUCUUCAAGAAGCGGCAGAGGCGUAUUUGGUGGGAUUGUUCGAAGACACGAAUCUCUGUGCCAUUCACGCCAAGAGAGUCACAAUCAUGCCCAAAGAUAUUCAAUUGGCUAGGCGCAUCCGUGGAGAGCGUGCUUAGGACGAGACCCGUGUUAUUCUAUUAGUGCUGUGUUUUUUUUUUUUGCUUUUGAUUUCGUGUUUUACUAUAAUGCUUGACGAUGCCCUGUUUAAACUCUUUUUGAAUCAAGAACAUAUAUGAAUUGGCAGCAGUGAUUCACUUAAUAGCAAAAAAAAACAAAGUGCAUCAUUUAGGCCUUCCUUCGGUUUUAGUUUUGUCCAAAAUCGUAUUAAACUGAAACUGAUAAAAAUUGGUUUGGUU